UAUCUUACUGCUGCGUUUUGUUUCCACUCACACAUCUUUAUCGGGACCAGGAAACGAUUCUCUCCAGAAAUGACCCCAACUUUGUUGUACCUAAUCAGCUUGACGAUGUUGUUGGUUUGCUGUAUGGCUUCAGAUUGCAACAGAUCUUGCCCGGAUCUAGAGAAUUGCAAACCGCCUUCUGUGGACUUUGAUUUCUUCAAUAAAAAUCUUCUGGAUCAGUUUUGCAAUGAUCUGGACGUCUAUGCUGCUUGUGCUAAGGAAAAGACACAGAGAUGUUGGAACGAAACGCAACAAGAAAUUUACAUGGAUAAACUCUCAUUAGGAAGAAUAGUUUGUGAAGUCGCCGGCCAACAAGGUGCAGAUUUACUAAGUUACAACACGCAAUUACACAAAUGA